AUGCUCAAGCAUCACACCGUCCUCGAAAAGUUGGAACAGUCUUGCAAGAACAAAAAGUCUGGUUUGGAGAGAGAAGGUGGUCUUAUUGGCUUCAAUGCCCUCAUUGAGGUAAUGGGUCAUCAGAUUGAACCCAUCAUGAUCAACUACCUCGGUCUCUUCCUGGAGAUGUAUUCCGACAAGGGCGCAGUUGUUCAAGAGGCCGCUCAGCAGGCUGCCGAAGCUCUGGUCUCCAUGAUCCCUGCCGAAGCCACCAAGAUCCUUUUGCCAGUCCUCUUUGAAGCCAUGGGUGUUAAUGUGUCCGGCGGUAAGGCUCCUUCCAAAAAGUGGCAGACAAAGGUCGGCGCCCUCAAGCUUCUCAAGUCCUUCACCGGCCACGCCACCGAACAGAUCGGUGAGGCCCUGCCAACCAUCAUUCCCGUCAUCUCAAACUGUCUGUCCGACACCAAGGCUGAGGUCGCCACUGCUGCCCAGGCCACCAUGAUGACCGUCUGCUCUGUUGGUGGUAACCCCGAUAUCGAACGCCAUCUCAAGGACCUUGUGCUCUGCAUGGGUGAUCCCUCCCGUGUAGGCAAGACAAUCGAGAAGCUCGCUGCCACAACCUUUGUCGCAGAAGUCAACGGCCCAACCCUGGCCAUCACAGUCCCUCUCUUGACCCGUGCUCUCAACGAACGCUCGACCCUCGUUCUCCGUCAGACCGUCAUCAUCACAGACAAUCUCUGCAAGCUCGUCCGUGACCCCCGUACUGCAGCCCAGUUCUUGCCCCAGCUCUACCCCGGUGUCGAUCGCCAGGCUGAAACUGCCGCAUUCCCCGAAAUCCGUGCUCUCGCCAACCAUGCCAAGCAGACCCUCAUUGAUGCUGGUGGUGUAAAGGACAAGUCGGAUGCCGAAGGUACUGAAGAUGAUGUUGUGGUCGUCUCUGCCGAUGAAGCCAUCAAGGCCGUCAGAACCGAGGCCACAAAGGUCCAGGGCUUCGUCGACUCUUACUUCAAUUCCGUCAUCACCUACGUUGGCACCAUCGCUGCCGACUUUGUCCGUCAGGAGAACUUUGUCGAAGCCACCUGGAUCGAGAAGCUCUCUGAUUACCUCGCUGCUUUCCUUAUCAAGUCUGACUCCCAAAAGGUUUUGGAAGGCGUUUAUGCUCUCUGCCAGAAACUGUUCAAGGAGCGCGCUGGCUCGGUUGACGACAGUGCAUUCGACGAGCAGGAAGGUGAAGAACUCUGCCGUGUGGACGACUUCUCUCUUGCCUACGGUACCCGUCUCUUGCUCAGUCACACCAAGCUCAAGUUCCAUCGUGGCCAGCGUUAUGGUCUGUGUGGUACCAACGGUGCAGGAAAGUCCACUCUCAUGCGUGCAAUUCAUCAGGGUAAGGUAGAGGGUUUCCCAUCCCAAGAUGAGGUCAAGACCGCCUUUGUCGACUACGCCAACCAGGGUGCCGACACCUCCCUGACCAUCGUCAAGUAUGUCGCCGCUGACCACCAGAUGAAGGACAUCCCCCAUUCCGAAAUCGAGAAGAGUCUGCGCAUGGUCGGCUUUGAUGAUGAUCGUCUCGCUCAACCCGUCGCCGCCUUGUCUGGUGGUUGGAAGAUGAAGCUCGAGUUGGCCCGUGCCAUUCUCUCAAAGGCCGAUAUCUUGUUGUUGGACGAACCUACUAACCAUUUGGACGUUGAUAACAUCAAGUGGCUCGAGCAGUACCUCGUCAGCCAGACCCAUGUCACCUGUCUCAUUGUCUCUCACGACUCUGGAUUCCUCGACAAUGUCUGCACUCAGAUCCUCCACUACGAGAAGAAGAAGCUCCGUCUUUACCAUGGUAACCUUUCCAAGUUCGUCGAAGUCCAUCCUCCUGCCCGUAUCUACUACAACCUCGACGCUUCGGAUGUCAAGUUCUCCUUCCCCAAGCCUUCAGUCCUCCAGGGUGUCCGCAGUAACACCAAGGCCAUUCUCAAGAUGACCGGCUGUACUUACACCUACCCCGGCGCUGAGAAGCCCUCCCUUGUUGAUGCCAGUGCAUCACUCUCGCUUUCUUCCCGCGUUGCCGUCGUUGGUCCCAACGGUGCCGGAAAGUCUACCAUGAUCAAGUUGUUGACUGGUGAGUCCAUUCCCCAGAUCGGUACUGUCUGGCGUCACCCUGCUCUCCGUAUUGGUUACGUUGCCCAGCACGCUUUCCACCAUUUGGAACAGCACUUGGAAAAGACUCCUAUGGACUAUCUUCAGUGGCGUUAUUCCACCGGUGAGGAUAAGGAAGUUCUUGAGAAGGAGAGUCGCAAGUGGACCGAAGAUGAGGCCAAGCAGAUGGAGAAACCUAUUGAAAUUGAAGGCAGCAUGCGUCAGAUUGAGUGCAUUCUUGGUCGUUCCAAGCUGAAGAAAACAUUCCAGUAUGAAAUCAAGUGGAAGAACCUUCGUCACAAGUUCAACACCUGGUUCUCUCGCGAGAAGUUGCUCGAACUUGGUUUCCAGAAGCUUGUCCAGCAGUUCGAUGACAAGGAAGCUUCGCGUGAAGGUCUCCUUUACCGUGAACUCAAUGUGCCUUCGAUCCGUCAGCACUACGCCGAUAUCGGUCUGGAUGCCGACAUUGCCCAGUACAGCAAGAUGGGUGAGCUCAGUGGUGGACAAAAGGUCAAGGUCGUCAUUGCCGCUGCCAUGUGGAACAACUCUCACAUGCUGGUUCUUGAUGAGCCUACUAACUUUUUGGAUCGUGAGGCUCUCGGUGGUCUGGCUACUGCUAUCAAGACUUGGGAAGGUGCUGUUGUUAUGAUUUCCCAUUCCAAAGAAUUCGUUUCCGCACUCUGCCCAGAAACCUGGAAGCUCGAGGGUGGCAAACUUUACAAGGACGGAAAGUCUGCUGUCGAGGACGAGAAGCAGGUUGAUGAUGCUGCUGUCAAGGCCAAGUUGAGCAAGAAGAAGAAGAAGACCAGAAACGAGGUCAAGGACCAAGAAAUCCGCCGUCGUGCUCGCCAUCUGAAGUGGUUGAUCGAAGGUGGUGCCAAGGAGCCUGAUACCGACAGCGACUAA